GCCUCCGCUCUCCCGUGAAAAAGAAACCGCAAAAUCGGCCACCCUUCCCCACCACGGCCGUCGCGCUCCCUUCCGUGCCCUUCCAAACAUCAGAGGAACCCUCGCCGCCGCCACUCCGCGCACACCCUCCCGUGCCCGUCCCUCGCCACCGCCACUACACGCACACCCUCCCCUGCCUGUUCCUCACCGCCGCCACUCCGCGCGCCCUUCCCCCACGCUCGUCGCGCCGCCGCCCCCAUCCCACCUCGACGCCGCGCGGCUCCGAGCUAGCUGCCGCGGCCGCCCGUCGUCCGCCGCGAUCGAACGUCGAAGCUGCGCCCCUCCUUCGCGGUGGUGAUUUCACCUCGACGCCGCGGCGAUCAAACGCCCCUCCUUCGCGGCGGCAACCUCCCCCUCCUUCGCGGCGGCAACCUCCCCCUCCUGUCUCAGAUAUAAAGAUGGAUGAAAUCACACAAGCUGUUGAGAACCUGAAGAAGGAAUGGAGCCAAGCGGUUACACAGCUUGAGGAGAGCAUUGCUGCAAUUGCAUCCUGCGGGAAAGCAGGUAAAGGUACAGAGGAAGCAAAUUCUCUUCCUAGGUUGAAUGGUUCUGCGCAGGAUGCUCUGCAAUUGCUCAAGUCAUUGCAGUUCCGGCUUGAUCUUCUAGCUCAGCAGCUACCCACAUUUGAGGAGGUGCAGUCCGGCCAGGCAACCCUAGAGUCAUGGGAUGAACUCUACAAGAAGCUGCGUGCUAGCCUAAGGAAUGCUAACUUACAAGCGAAAGAGAACAUUAGAAAAGCUGCUCAAGAAGAGAGGGAGCUUCUUCUGGGAGGUGGAGAAGAGUCUACCAUUCGCAGGCGUAAUCUCCAAACAAAGGCUGGGAUGACAUCUGCUGCUGAAAGUAUCACUGAGAGCCUCCGUCGGUCUCGCCAGUUGAUGGUUCAGGAAGUGGAAAGAAGUGCAAAUACUUUGUCAACUUUUGAUGAAUCAACUAGUGUUCUCCGGAAGGCUGAAGGUGAAUAUCAAGGACACCGCUCUUUGCUGAUGCGUACCCGUGGCUUGCUCUCCACGAUGCAACGUCAAGAUGUUCUUGAUAGGAUCAUCCUGACUAUUGGCUUUCUCAUUUUCUUCUUGGCGGUUCUUUAUGUUGUCUCGAGACGUAUUGGUCUGCUGACGCUGCAAAGGAAACUGGCCGAUGCCAUCAGAUCAGGUUCGUUGUCAGCAGAGGACAUUGUUACAAAAGCCAAUCAUGGACCUGCCGCGGCAAAUGUUCCACCACCUGCUCCCAUUUACGAUGAACUGUGAUUGUCCAUGGUUUAUACAUGUAUAUCCAAAAGCAAUUGUUCAACUUAACCAUUACUGACUGUCAAUUCUGUACACUAAUCUUUGAGAAUUUUGAUUUUUGUGCAUGCUGUCUCAGAUAAUACUUUCACAAAUAAGCUAUUGAAAUUCAUCAGAUAAUCUGCUGUGAUCGUGCA